GAUCCUGAUUCUUGAAUUCUUAAUGUUCGCGACUUAAUUGUACAGCUCUGCAAUGAAUUUUAUUGUAGUAUACCGAAGAGACAUUGUUUGUCUUGAUGCAAAUAUACUAAUGGGCAUCUUUAAUGCUUCGAAUAAGAUAAAGCAGACAGUGAUGUCUUUCCUAAAUACAGUGUCUGAUGCUGCCAACAACUAUAUAAUAUCAUGGAAUACAUAACCAUCUCUUAAUAUAAUAUGAAGAUCAUUCUCUGGCUUUUACUGUUAAGUCGUUUUCAUAUGAAUAUUUCUGCAUACCUACAUGCAUAUAUAUAUAUAUAUAUGUUUUCAUGUCCUCUUUGGCUAUAUGUGCCGCUUGGACAGAAGGAUAACUGACCUAGUCUGGGAAAGACAACAAAUGAAUAGCUAGCCGGCAGAGAUAUACUAAAUCCUUUUGAAUAAGUAUUUCAGACCUACUAUUCUUGCUUUCGGCCACUUAGUGAAGUAGUUAAAUGCAAAGAAAAAAUUAAGGCAUGAAAGGCGUAGUAGAAUAGAUGUAGGAUAAACUAGAAGAAAAAUGAGUAGAGGUUUCUUUCAAAGUCAGCAACACAUAUGGGGAGGAGUAUCAGCAGGAAUUUUGAUAAUAUUGUUUGGUUCAAUUUUUUUCUGCUUCAAGAGAAAGCUUUUUGCAUGCUUUAGGUUACCGAAGAACCAAAAAGGAACACUAAAAGCUGAACAGCUGAUGUUGAAGCUGUUCCAGUUGGAACAAUUACAGAAGGCAACUAAUAAUUUCAGUCAAGAGUGUCUGGUUGGUUCUGGUGCGUUUGGGAAUGUCUAUCGAGGAACAUUUGAUGGGGAGGGAACACUAGCUAUAAAGAAGGCACAUACUGAGUUAUACACAACUACUGAAGAGUUUGAAAAUGAGAUCAGGUUGGUCUCGAAAGUGAAGCACAAAAAUCUCGUUAGCUUGGUGGGAUUCUGCCAAGGAGCUGGACCAAAGGGAGCAAAAAUUCUGGUGUAUGAGUAUGUUCCAAACGGCUCUCUGUUAGACUACAUCAUGGGGAGGGGCGGAAGGAGCUUAACAUGGAGGCAGAGAGUGAGGAUAGCUAUUGGAGCUGCUAAAGGGAUAGCUCAUCUGCAUGAAGGAAUCAGACCAAGUAUAAUUCAUCGGGACAUAAAACCGAGCAAUAUCUUAGUAGGAGAAAAUUUUGAAGUCAAGGUCUCAGAUUUUGGGCUAGUGAAAUCAGGUCCUGUUGGGGAUCAAUCACAUGUUAGCAGUCAGAUAAAGGGCACACCAGGGUACCUUGACCCUGCCUACUGUACGUCUCUCCAGUUGACUCCGUUUACUGAUGUCUACAGCUAUGGUGUUAUACUACUGCAACUUGUUGCAGCUAGACCUGUAGUCGAGAAAACUAGAGGCCAUCCUAAUUAUCACAUUAUAGAUUGGGCAAGACCUAGCUUAGAACGAGGAAGCAUCGAUGAAAUAAUAGAUGCUAAUCUCUUAAUGGAGGAAUGCAACAUGGAGAUGAUGUUGAAAAUGGGACAACUUGGUCUGAAAUGUGUGGUGAAAGUUCCCAAACAAAGGCCUACCAUGACUCAAGUAUUGCAAGAACUGGAGUCUGCCUUCUUUUCUGCAGAAAAUAUCAUGCAUAAACAACCGUCAAUUGGCUCCUUUAAAUUAGCUAGCUUGUCAAGCCAAUCACUCGUAAGGGGAAGCCAUAGAAUGAAACAACUUGAUUAUUCUCAAAGCUCAGUUAGCAUGGACGGCAUUAGAUUGCAGAAAUUUUACAUGGACAUAGAUGGCCUAUCCUUUGGGAGUCCAAAGUUGAGAUGCUUAGAUACCUAUAGUAUAGGCUUUGAAGAUGACUCAUUUGAGCUGACAGGAACUUCCCAGGAAACAAGCACAAGUGGAAACGAAGAGCUUAGGCUUAACAUAUAAUAUUAGUUAAAAUUUGAUUAAUGUAAGUCCGCAAAGAACAUAUUUUAGGUUCUCUCAAUAGGGAGUUUCUCCAUUUUCAAGCCUCAAACCCGACACCUUUGGUUAAAAAGGUUUCUAAAAAUGUACCUUCUUUGUAUUGGCAGAAUAGUAGAAAAGGAAGGGAUCAUACUUUGAUAUUUGAGUUUCAUUUUCAUAUAAAUUAUAUUUAUUCCAUCCCAUCUCACUUGAAUUUAGUCAUUAUACUGCAAUCAGUUACUGUAAGAUGUGUGCCUCACUCACAUUGUUGGUCUCAAGUUCAGAUAUAGGAGAAGGGUAGCAGUGAGUUGAUAGUUAGCAUAAAACUAGUUAUCAAAACAUAUUCCAGAUAGCAAUAAUUAGGAAACGGCAUCUUAAAUCAUGAAAUAUCAAAAUCAACAAGCGUAUCAAAUAGACAAAAAUGGAUAAUUUGAUGACCUGUGAAUUCAGAGAAGGUUCAAACGUACAGAGAAAUGGUCAAUUUUCAGCUGUCCCCCACAUAAUACUGUUGGUCAGUCAAACUAAUAAUGUCAAUAACAACGUACAUGGUCCAUUAUUCAGUGCUGUUUCUGGAAGAUGCUAGUAAGCACACUGGAGUUAUUGGUGUACUGUCAAAUAAAAACUUACCAGCGGAUUCCUAUUAGGUGCCAAGAAUUCGAUAAUAGACAGAUAAAAUCCUCACAAAAUCAACGAUUGCCAAUGGUAACCGAAC